UCUCGAUUGUCCUCCUCAUCACGGGAUCGGCGAACAGAUCGAAGUGAACCUCCGAAGAAGAAGCAGAGCAAAAGUCAGCGGCGACGAUGGCGAGCAUUGGGAGAACGGUGAUGGAGGUGGGAGCUGACGGCGUUGCCCUGAUCACAAUCAUCAACCCACCCGUCAAUUCCCUCUCACUUGACGUAUUGCUGAGUUUGAAAGGAAGUUAUGAACAAGCUUUGAGCAGAGAUGAUGUGAAGGCAAUAGUUAUUACAGGUGCAAAGGGUAAAUUUUCAGGAGGCUUUGACAUUUCUGCCUUUGGUGGUGUUCAAAGUGGGAAAACUGAGCAAAUGAAGGUUGGCUAUGUUUCAAUAGAUGUCAUCACUGACACUUUUGAAGGCGCAAGAAAACCAUCAGUUGCUGCCAUAGAUGGGUUAGCUCUUGGUGGCGGACUGGAAAUUGCAAUGGCAUGCCAUGCACGCAUAUCAACUUCAACAGCCCAACUAGGUCUGCCAGAACUUCAGCUUGGAAUCAUCCCAGGAUUUGGAGGAACACAGCGCCUUCCGCGCCUUGUGGGACUUACCAAAGCACUUGAAAUUAUUUUGUUAUCCAAGUCCGUGAAAGGAGAGGAAGCAUACAAGUUAGGUCUGGUUGAUGCUCUCUCAUCAUCUGAUGAAUUGUUGAAGACAGCUCGCUACUGGGCUUUGGAAAUUGCUGAGUGUAGAAAACCAUGGAUCAAGAGUCUUUAUAAAACUGAUAAAUUAGAAUCCCUUGGAGAUGCUAGGGAAAUUCUUAAGUUUGCAAGAGCUCAGGCUCAAAAGCAGGCUGCCAAUCUCCUACACCCUUUGGUUUGUAUUGAUGUGAUUGAAGAGGGCAUAGUUUCUGGUCCUCGUGCUGGAUUGUGGAAGGAAGUCCACUCCUUUCAAACACUUGUUCGAUCUGACACGUGCAAGAGUUUAGUUCAUGUGUUCUUCGCACUACGUGCAACAUCAAAGAUUCCUGGGAUCACUGACUUGGGUUUGACGCCAAGAAAGAUUAAUAAAGUUGCCAUUCUUGGAGGAGGAUUGAUGGGCUCUGGAAUCGCAACUGCUUUGUUGCUUAGCAACUACCCUGUGAUAAUUAAAGAAGUAAAUGAAACCUUCUUAAAGGCUGGAAUAGACAGAGUUAAAGCCAAUUUGCAGAGUCGUGUCAGGAAAGGGAAGAUUACAGAGGAGAAGUAUGAGAAAACCCUCUCAUUACUCACGGGUGUACUGGAUUAUGGAAGUUUCAAAGAUGUGGAUUUGGUCAUUGAAGCAGUUAUCGAGAAAGUAUCCUUGAAACAGCAAAUAUUUUCUGAUCUUGAGAAAUAUUGCUCUAGCAGUUGUAUACUUGCUUCUAAUACAUCAACAAUUGAUCUCAAUUUGAUUGGAGAGAAGAUCAGGUCCCAAGCUCGAAUUGUGGGUGCACAUUUCUUUAGUCCUGCUCAUAUAAUGCCACUUCUGGAAAUAGUCCGGACGAAGAAAACGUCUCCACAAGUUGUUCUAGAUUUGCUUGAUAUUGGGAAAAAGAUUCGAAAAACCCCCAUUGUAGUUGGCAACUGUACUGGAUUUGCAGUUAAUAGGAUGUUCUUUCCCUACACUCAGUCAGCACUCUUACUUGUUGACUACGGUCUUGAUGUGUAUAAGAUUGAUCAAGCAUGCACCAAAUUUGGAAUGCCAAUGGGCCCUUUCAGAGUAGCUGAUCUGGUUGGCUUUGGAGUUGCAGUUGCUACUGGCAUGCAGUAUCUUGAGAGCUUUCCUGACCGAGUCUACAAGUCCAUGCUAAUGUCAAUUAUGAUCGAAGAUAAAAGGACAGGUGAAGCUACAGGCAAGGGAUUUUAUAAAUAUGAUAACAAAAGAAAGGCCAGUUCUGAUCCGGAAAUAUUGAAGUAUAUUGAGAAAUCAAGGAACAUUGCUGGAGUUACCCCUAAGCCUGAGGUUCUUUCACUUUUGUUUUUGGUCUUGAUUUUAUGUUUCUACUUCGGGUACUUCCUAGCUGUGAAAUCAUUUGUAUAUAAAAAGUUCGUGGGUAUUUGAUUCUCAUAUUGAAUU